UUGAAAUCACAAUGGUGUAGAAACAAACAUCUUUUUUAGGCUAACACCGUUCCGUUAGUUUUUUAAAAGUUAUUCUUAGGUGCGACCUUUUUCUGACAUUGUAUGAAUAACUACUAUUAUAUUCAAUUUACCACCGAAAGCGCAGAUCAGCCCCAAUACACUAUACAGUAAAAUGAUGGAAAGCAGGGUGUCGUUGCGACUGUUGGUUUUGCUAGUCAGCCUGCAACUAUCAAGGAACUGCGCUGUAGCUGAAGGGGACUUCCCCGUAUUUGAGGGGCGGCCCAUAAGCGAAGCAGAAUGCAAUAAUCUACCCAAAAACAACUGCUGGAAAGGAAUGGAGAAUUGUCGUGAAUCGUUUGCAAAAAUGAAGAGAGUGAAUGGGAGUGUUAUGGCGUUAGAGUGCUACGGGAAUGCAACUGAUCGGGAGCUUCUGGAGACAACCACAAGCAUUUCCCGAACCAGCCCAACUCGUGCAGUUAAAGUGUUCUACAGCGAAAAAUCCGCUUCUUACAAACUGUCUCCAGAAGCUGUUACACCCAUUAAGAAGCAAAUCAUUGAGUUGCAUGUUAUGAAUUGCAAAGACCAGUCCAGCACAUCGCGCAUUGGGACGCUACCUUUAUCGAACCUGCUGCAUUUAUACUUUUUAACCUGCAAGAACUUGAUUGUUAAAAAGACCGACUUUGCACCUUUUAAACAGAUUCGAAUCCUAGAUUUCUUCCUGACAUCCAUCGCAUCCAUCGAGCCAAAUACGUUUACAGACCUCCCUCAGCUGAAGUCGCUCUUAUUGGAGGAUCGACUUGCUUGGUUUCCGCCGAGUGUAGAAGAUACGCCAGAAUCACAAACAGAGAUAGUGGCAAUCCGCAAGAUCCACUGUGACUGCGACUAUGCCUGGCUGCGCAACUGGUUGGAUGCCAAUCCGCACCUGCUCGGCGAUCGGGACGAAGGCGAGUUGUACAUCAUCGGCAAUCAUCUGAGUAAACGCGUGUUCAGAUCGACAGCUUUCUAUCCCGUUGAUUGCGCCUUGCCGACAUUGUUCAUCGAGAGAGAGGACUACCAAGACAACACCGACCUCAAGUUUGCUAUUAACGCUGCAUGCAAAUAACCUCUUUCUGUGCUGGCGUCUGGGGUACGUUAGAUUUGACUCUUCCCUAUGUUACAGUAAUAUAAAAAACCCUAAUAAUGUGAUUUUUCCAUACCAUAAUUCGUUACCAAAAGAAAGGGUUGCUAGCCAGCCAUAUAAAGCGAAUUUGCAGUACACUGUUAGAGAAGCCAGGGUAUUUG